GUCAUAGUGUGUGAGGUGGUUAAGAAAUGAAGUCGCUUGGGUGUUUCUUAACAACUCUGGUUCUACUGAGCGCACAAGCAAGAGGUUACUUAUAUUUUGUCAAGAAUUACCAACAUCCUAAACAAGCAUCAUGCUUGACAAAUACUACAAACGAAGCAGUCGCUUUUGUUCAACAACUAAACGGAAACAUGACCUACAAUUGGCUAAAAAACCAACGACUGGAAAGUUUGGACAUGCAAGGAAACCCAAUCAAGCAGAUUAAUAAUGACUGCGACCUAGUAAAUGAUAAGUGCAAUAAGUGGAAAUUAAACUGGUUAUUUAAAAAAUAUAAUCUACCAAGAGAUGACUUUAAGCCAAUAACAGACAUCAGAUGGAACCGUUUGCAGAGCAUCAUCACAAAUGGUUAUAGUUACACCUAUCAACUAUUGGAGUACAUAAUGGGUCAAAGUUCCAAGUUUCAUCUAGCAGUUUUGGCCACAGAUAAUAUCCAGUUGUUGAUUUCUGAUGACAAAGACUUGAAGAAAGGAUACAAUAUUGUGCUAGAUGGAUGGCUACCAGUUAGGAGAGCAUGUAUUCGCUACUGCCCCCAAGUCUUCGAAAAUACGUACCCAACUUGUAGAAAUUUGUCAAAAACUGCCGAUUACUUGAAUGUCACAAAAGAAGGGCAGCAGUGGGCAUUAGUGACAAUUGAAUACAAUUUAAGUCUUAGAUCCAAGUAUAUUCGUGUCAUGCAUGAAGAUAGAGUGAUUUUACAAUGGGAAGAUACAAGCGCAUCAUAUUCAACUCCAAUAAUUAAUAAUGGAUAUUUAGCAUUGCGAUCACACAAUGACAUGAAUGCAAUCUAUAAGAUCCACUCCUACCAAUAUUUACAGCCAAAUCAUAAUGCAGCCACAAUGGAGAGCAGUUUUCAAAUUCAUGAGGCUCAAACCAUUUGUUUUGACAUUAUUUACAUCGCUACUCUUCAGCCAUUAAUAGUAAAGGUAGAUGAUGCUGAAUACAAAUCAUUUGAAAAUUCCAUAGACGGAAAAACAUGGCUGUCCUGGCGGAUAGAAACACAACAUCUUGACGUAGGAACGCACAAAAUUGUAAUACAGGUCGGAGGUCAAGAUAAUUUAAUCGGCGGCGUUUAUUUUUGCAAUCCAGGACCCACGCUUUGGAAAUUAAAUGGUGGCAUUUCUAGGGCUUGCCAGGUAGUAGGAAGUGAUUUGAAAACCAAGAGUGGCAGUGACUCUGGCUCAUACUAUGGGUCGGCGAGUACAGAGUCGAGAGCUUUGAGUGCUAUUUACCAAGAUCCUCGGGUUUUGUGUAAUGCUUUUGGUGAUCUUGAUUGUUACAAAACUGGGGCUUGCAAUUCAAAAACAUGUUUUUGCUUGUCUGGCUACAAAACUGAAUUGGGUGAUAAGGAAACAUGCACAAAGAAGUGCUCAACAAACUUCUAUGGCCCAAAUUGCUUCUACUAUACUGUAAGGCAUUGCAAAAAUGAAGAUUACAACACACAUUCUCCAGGCUGUCUACAGGGCUGCGAGAGCAAGUAUAGAGCUCCAUAUUGCACCGAUGUGCUCCUGUCUUUGCACAACCUUCCAAGCCCAAAAGAAGUAAAAACAUAUAAAGUUUUGCUGGAUUUUGAAGACAGCAUUUUGACCAUGAAAAAUGAUUUCUUUGGCCACGCCGAGCUCAACUAUAGAAAAGCUGAUUCUGCAAACAUUUUUAUCAAAGUGAAUGUGACCAAAGAAGUUCCACAAGAGGUGUGGAUAGAGAACUUGCAAGAUAACACGGAAUAUAUUUACGAAGUUAUCGUCAUGGAAAAAGAUGGACAGUUCAAUCCUGAAGUUCAAAAAGGGACUUUCAAAACAGAAAAAUGCGUUCCUUUGGGUAAUGAUAGCUUUCUUAUUGAUGUUAAGAGUUCAACAGUUACCUGGAAAAUAAUCGACUCACGAAAAGAUGAUUUGUGUCACUUAAAAUUACUGAAAAUUUCUUCUGGCCACGAAAAUUUGUUGACUGAACUCGUUGGCGGUCGAAAUCUUGAUUCUGCCAUGAACCAAGUCACGUUUGCGUUUGAUAAAGACAAAAAUUAUUUCAUUCAGCUGGAAGGGUACGACGGUAGCUCAUUUCAGUUUGAAUAUUUCGACCCUUCUCCACAAGAGCAGGUUGAGGACACUGACUUUAUGGUAAUUGCAAUCAGCGCUCUAGUGGUUAUGAUUCUUUUGAUUAUUUUGAUCGCCCUUCUAUUAAUGUGGAGACGGGGCAAGAGGAGGGUCAACAGUGCCAACCAAAGACUGGUUGAAGAGUGCUUACAACCUGAAACGAACACUGCCGUCGAAUUGGACUUAUUGCCCGCACCUGAGAGAUCUUCUGCGCGAAAAUCGUUUUUCGCAAGCACAGAUGAUCCUUUUAGUAGAGUUGUGCGAGUUACAGAGCUCGAGGACUACAUUGAAAAUGCAAAAAAAUUGGAUCUACUAAAGAAGCAACAUGAGCUCUUUCCACGAGGCCAAACGCAGCCGUGGACAGUUGGCGUUGAUCCUGCCAACAAGAAAAAGAAUCGGUACGCAAAUUUGGCCGCCUACGAUUCGACCAGAGUUCAACUGCCUUUGCUACCGGGAGAUGAGCAUUCAGAUUAUAUCAAUGCAAACUACAUUGAUGGCUACAAACGACCGCGAGCGUACAUUGCAACACAAGGACCAAAACCUCAAACUGUGGCCGAUUUCUGGCGGAUGGUUUGGAAGGAAAAGACCAGUGUUAUCAUAAUGGUCGCUAAUCUCAUCGAAAACGGAAAGUCAAAAUGUGAAAAGUAUUGGCCUGAUAUUAAGCAGUCUUCGAAGUAUGGGAAUAUUUUGAUUAAUAACACUCAUGAAGAGAUGUUUGCCGACUUUGUUAUUCGUACCUUGGCAAUAUCGUCCGAUGACACCAGCCGAAUUGUCACUCAGAUGCACUACACGACCUGGCCUGACCACGGCGUCCCUCUUUAUCCCCAAUCGGUCGCCGCAUAUGCUAGAAAACUGUUAGAAAUAAAAACCGAAUCGCCGAUUACAGUUCACUGCAGUGCUGGCGUUGGUCGCACUGGGACUAUAAUUUUGAUUGACGCCAGUCUCCGCAUGGCAGCGGCCGAGGGAAUUGUCGACGUGCUCGCCCUUUUGACCAAAAUGAGAAACCAGCGAGCCAAUAUGGUCGACAACCAACAACAAUAUGAGUUUGUGCACUUGGUGCUUUUGGAGACCCUCAUUGUGCCGCAGUUUUCUAUUCCGUGCAAAAUCUUCCAAUCUCAAAAUGCGCUCAUCAGCAAGCAAAUUGCAAGAGAGUUUGAGAAGCUGAAUGAAAUAUGCGAAAAAGAAUGGAACCGGGCGAACAAGAAUGCCGAAAUAGAGGAAGACGUGUGCAGAUACCCAGACAUUGUAGCAUCUUCCAAUCAACUGGUUAAAAUUUUCCCGUACGGUUCCGUGACUAAGACCACUUUCUUAAACGGAGUCUAUGUGGACGGUUUUCGGAAAAAGAGACAAUUCAUUGCAACCCAAGUGCCUCUUCCGGGCACUGUUGAGCACUUCUGGCGGACGGUGCAGCAGCACAAAGCGGAGCAAAUAAUCGUUCUCAACGAACUAGGACCAAUCGAGGGACACUAUCUUCCUGAAACUGGCGAGACAUUGGCUUUUGGUGACCUCACAAUUUAUCUGCAAUCGCAAUAUGAGCUAAAGGACUGCUGGGUCAAGAAAAUAGCCUUGUCUGUGUGUGGAGGCUCACCAACAAUUACACACGCCAUAUGCUGCAGUAACUGGGCUGUAGGUCAACUUUGCGGCCUUGGUGUGACUGGACUUGUGGAGUUAUGGGAGGAAACCGAGCGUCGCAGAGGCUUUGGUGUGAAUGUAGUCGUUUGCCAUGACGGGGUUUCUUCGAGCGGUCUUUUCCUUGGACUGGGUUUUGUUUUGGAAAAAAUUAAACUGGAACAACACGUGGAUGCUGCCUUGGCCCUGCGUACUCUGCGGCAGUCGCGGCCAAAAUUUAUAGCAACGCUUGAGCAGUACGAGCUACUUUUGAAAGCGGCGAUAACCUAUCUGCAGGCGUUCGAUACAUAUGGGAAUUUCCAAUGAAUCAUUGUGAAUCAUAAACCACCAACACCAUUUUAUUCUGCCGUUUAUCUUAUUGUUAGAGGAACAGUGUGUAAAUAUAUUGUAAAUAUCAAUAAAAAAAUAAAACCAACAAAUUUGACAACCCCUAUCUUUUACGGUGGCAAAAGUGUGCAAAUUGAUUGAUUAAUCACUUAUUUCAUAAAAAAAAAUAAAUUCAAGAACGUUUAAAACCUGCAAUUUAAAGCUCUGAAAUAGGAAGUAUAAUUUAUUGUUAUUUGUUUUCCAUGUACGUGGCAUAAACAAUAUGUAUGAGUUUGUUAAGUUCCACCUUGAAUAUUUUAUUAUUUUGCUCAUUUUCCAACUUAUUUCCACAAUUAAAAAUUGAUUGAUAAUAAUUUUACAUGAAUUAUUGUAAAAAUUAAAUGAAUAAUU